AUAAAUAUAGAGCCAACCUUUGCCUUGAUAAAACACAACUACAUCGUCCAGUUCCUACCGAGUCAUAAAGAAACAGAAUUCCCUUUAAACCCAAAAGAGAUAGAGAGAAGAGCAAUCAAAAAUGAAAGGAGAAGGACAGCGAAGCAAUGCAAAAUGCUUGGCAUACGUUGCUGCAUUUGUUGUGUUUCAGACGGCAAUCAUCUUGAUAUUUGCAUUAACGGUGAUGCGUAUCAAAAAUCCUAAAGUCAGGUUCGGUGCUGUAACGGUGGAGAAUUUCAGCACCGGCAACAGCUCUUCACCUUUCUUUGACAUGAGGCUGAUGGCUCGAGUGACUGUAAAGAACACAAACUUCGGUCACUUCAAGUACGAGAACAGCAGCAUCAGAAUCUUAUAUGGGGGCAUGGAGGUCGGGGAGGCAGCUGUUGUUAAGGCUCGUGCGAGGGCUAGGCAGACCAAAAAAUUCGACGUUACAAUUGAUAUUAGUUCCAGCAAGUUAUCGACCAACUCCAACCUUGGAAAUGAUAUCGCUUCUGGUGUUUUGCCCCUCAGCAGCGAGGCCAAGUUGAGCGGGAAGGUGCAUCUGAUGAAGGUGAUCAAGAAGAAGAAGUCUAGUGAAAUGAGCUGCACCAUGGGAAUCAAUUUAGGAACUCGUACCGUACAGGAUUUAAAGUGCAAAUGACAUUGUGAAGCAGUUUAUUUAGAAACUUGAUGCUUGAGUUUCAGCACUUUUUCUUCUGUUUUUUCGUUUUGGUCAAUGCAGUCAUGUUACUUUCGCCGACCAGUUCUAAUUUUGCACUCUGCCCCAGUUUGUGUUAGAAAUAGAAAUUGAUUCAUAUUCAUAUAAGUUUAACCGAGGUUGCAAUUAAAUUGAGAUUUUAUUUGUUUCAA